AUGCACUCUGGUGUAUGGUUUAUUAUCCGAACAUUGAAUCUCCAAGCAAUUCAUCGCAAUACAUCUUUUGUGUCAAUCUUUGAGAUGGCCUUUUUAAAUCGGGGCCGGUCAGAUUCCAAGCGACUCAGUUUCCGAAAGAAGGGUCGACUUCACAAUGCCGAUUUGAGCGAACCCCGCCCCAGGCCAUUGACUCCUCCGUUGCCAGAAGAUACAGAUUCCAAACCCCAGGCACCCUCAGGUAGUCGCAGAUGGCGAUUAUCACUUUCAAAGUGGCGGGAACAACGACAUACAUUCGAACAAGCCCAGUCUCCUCUGUUCGCAUAUCUGCCCGCCGAAGUCCGCCUUCUGAUCUGGGAACAUUAUUUCUGUAGCCAUUUGCUACAUAUCAUACGGCCAAACCAGCGUAAAUGGAAACGAUCCGAAGAUCUAAUAAUUGGCAUUCUUUGUACUGAGAACCACGGAUUGUGUCCGUGUAGCCAUUCUUGUUGGGGAUAUGCAGGUCGUCGACCUGCAGGGAACUGCGUUGCAACUACACAACACGAGUCAUAUUACCACAAGGACUCUGAAUGGGCAUCUGACUCAAGGAGGGUGGACUUUGUACCUUUGUUACAAACAUGUCGCAAGUUAUAUUCGGAAGCCAUUGAUAUGAUUUAUCAAAAGAAUACCUUCCUGUUCAACCAUACAUAUACAAUUAUUGAUUUCUCGCAUACACUUCUGUCACAAAGAGUCAGCUUGAUACGCACAGUGCAGCUCAGCUUUCCAGAUCAUGGCGGACCGACUUGGGAUAUAUGUUGCCAGGUCCUGGCUACUAAGAUGCCUCAUCUGAAGCGCCUGACUAUCCAUUUAUAUCCUCACGUCACAAAUCACCUGGAUGAUUGGCUUAUACCGUUGCAUGAGAUUCGACAACCCACAGACUUUGAGGUAUUGCUCAUAAAGCCGUGGUAUUUGGAUCCACAAUGGGAGAAGUCGCUUGGGCUUGUUGAUGCGCCAUUUCGAUUUGCGAUUGUUGAUCUAGAUAAGCGCAUAUUUCUGCACCCAGGGCUGCCAUUCGAGGAUAGUACUCAUAUAUAG